AUGUCAGCAAGUUCAAGGUCAACUUCAGCUUGGCGAACCAAGGCACUAAUAUCCGCUCUGAUGCUCUGCAAUUUUCUCAUCUCUUUGCAAUCAAGUUCUUCCGCCGCCACGUAUUUCACCAUCGCCGCGGAGUUUGGCCGGGCCAAUGAGGCGACAUGGCCUGUAAACGGAACCUUGAUCGCGUCGCUCAUGGCCCAGCCGCUGUUCGCUCGCAUGUCCGAUCACCUGGGGCGUAGGGCGCCAUAUGUAACGGCUGUCGUUAUCUUCGCCAUAACCAAUGCUCUGAGUGCUUUGGGCAGUGGCUGGCCGUGGUAUCUUACUAUUCGAACCCUUUGUGGUGUGGGAAGUGGAGGCAUGCUUGGUCUGGGUUCCAUUACCCUUACGGAUGCUGUAGGCUUGGACCAGCGGCCUUUUUAUCAGUCCAUCAAUUAUUUGGUGUAUGGGGCGGGCUCAGGAUUAGGGGCCGCUUUCGGUGGCACUAUAGUCCAGCACUUUGGCUGGCCAUGGCUCUACGUUGUGCAAUUCAUAAUCGCCAUCCCGGGUGCGAUUUUGCUUAUACUAUAUGCACCUGGUGCCGAUGAAUUGUCCGAGAAACAUUCGAUUGACAAAAUUCUUGGAGGUUUUGUGCAGUCCAUGCAGAAAUUUGACUGGAAAGGCGCCCUGUACUUGUGCGUGUCUCUUUUGGCUCUGUUCAUCUUUCUCUCCCUGGGUGGGAAUACAUUCCCCUGGACACACCCGACUGUCAUCUCCACAGGGGUCACCUUUGCGAUUGCCGGUUUCAUUCUCUGGAGACAUGAGAUGGCGGUUGAGAUGCCGGUCCUGCAUGUGCAGCUCAUCUGCAAAUCACCCAUCUGGAACUUUCUACUGGCCGGGUUUCUCCUGAACAUGAUAAAUCACACAGCGAUGUAUUAUGCGCCAGUAUUUUUCCAGACGGUCCUUCUGGAUACGCCGGAACGAGCGAGUGCCCGACUGGUAUUCCCAUCUCUAUGCUUCACUUUUGUGAGCGCUCUAACAUCCUACAUCAUAUCACGCACAGGUUCGCCAGCGUUCACGCUAUACGGCAGCCAGCCAUUUCUAUUACUCGGAAGCGCAGGCCUAGUCGUCAUGGCCGCAACGGCGCUGACUUAUCCACUGAACAACAUUGCGUACACCCUUUCGCUGGGAAUUCCGGUCAUUGGGGCCAGUAUGCUGGCUCCUAGCGCUCUGUUGACCCUCUUACACCUUUGCGACCCCGAGGAUCACGCAAGUGCGAACAGUAGUUAUAUUCUUGCCAGGACUUUGGGAAUUUUUGGCGCCACUGCGCUGGGCUCUACCGUGCUGCAAAACACUUUCGAAUAUGCUAUCCAUAAAAGAGAGUUGUCUACAGAGACCCUCCAGGACCUACAAACAAUCGUACGGGAACUGUUCGCCGUUGCUUUGCUUGCCGUUUUCAUUCUGGGAUUCUGUUCCGCCCUGAUGAUCUCCUUUAGUCUGGCGAAAGUGUACCUAAGAACGAGAAGGAUGCUAGCACGAGGCACAGCAAUUCCUUCCGAGCCUCCUUCCGAACACGGUCUCGACGAUUUCUCUGAUGGACCCGAUACUGAGAUGUCUCAACUAGGGACAAUGGCGACUAGUCCGCAUUGA